CAACUUUGACAACAAUAUUGACAUGUUUAAAAACAUUAUUCAAAAGAAGAAAGAGCAAGUCAUUAAUAAAAGAAAAUUGACAGGAGACAUAGAUGAUGCGUUUGAAGAUAUGAUUUGUAAAGACUGCCAGGAGAAUGGACAUGCCAACAAAAGUUACUAUAAAUGCAAAUUUUAUAAAGAAGCUUCUGCAGACGAUGUUGGAACAUCCACUGGAAAAAAAAGAAAACAAAGUUCAGGCGUGAAGCAAGAAAAACAAAAAGCAAAAAGACAAAAAACAGCAGCAUGUUCUUCAUCGAUUGUUUGUAGUAGUUGUAAACAAAAUAGCCAUAAGUCAGCACGCUCUCCAGAUUGCCCUAAUCAUAUGUUGUCAAAAAACGAGGUUUUUAGCCGAAAUUUGGGACAACAAUUUAAAGCACUCACAAGAAAGUUACCGUUUGAUCAAUGUGCCCACAGUUCCUACCAGAGUGCUUUGAAGUCUAGGAUCAUCUCUGCAUGUGAAGACACGCGGCAAGUGGUAUUCAGAGCUCAGCUUUUAAUCAACCAGUACACAUUGAACUUAAAAGUCCAUUCGAAUCAUAUCUUUAAACAAA